AAUAGUUAUAUAACUUGAAUUGUAUAGGUUUAAAUCAUUUAUUUAUUUUUUAAUUUUUUAGAAUAAAAUGUUUCAAGAGUAUCUAUGUACCUAUCAUGCAGAUGAAUUAUUAAAUAUAUUAAAAUAUGUAGACAAAAGCCAACACUAUUCAGUAACAAUAAAUUUCUUGACACUUUUUGAGAAAAAUCCCAAACUAGGUGAAGAAAUACUUGAAGAUUCCAUUAAUGUGCUGGAACAGUGUGAUAAAAAUUUGAUUUCUGCUCAAAGAGUAUUAAAAAAAAAUCAUCAUGAUAAAACAAUUAAACUCCGUAUUAAAAAAAAAGUUCAUACAAGAAUUACUGCAUUGCCAUUGUGUCCAGAACUCCAUCGAACUAUAUUUCCUCGCAAUGAAGAUAUUGGUUCAUUUUUACGUGUCAAUGGCACUGUCGUAAGAACAGUUUUACCAAAAUUAUUAGAAUACAAAAGAAUUUAUUAUUGUAAUAAAUGUAAAGAACAAUUUGAUAUAAAGAUUGAUUACGAACAAUAUAACAAAUUAGUAAUUCCUUUUCGGUGCCCUAAUCCAGACAACUGUUCAGGUACUAAUUUAAAACCUUUAAAAGAUGAAAAACAAUACAUAAAGGAUUAUCAAGAAAUCAAAAUUCAAGAACAGAUUGGUAAAACAGGCUUAGGAGCAAUGCCCCGUUCAAUGUGGGUGUCUUUAGAAGAUGACUUGGUUGAUACUUGUAAACCUGGUGAUGAUGUUAUAAUAUGUGGGACAGUCAUUCGAAGAUGGAGCCCAACUGUUGAAAAUGCCUAUAUUGAUAUUGAAUUAUGCUUAAGAGCUAACCACUUGAUUGUAUGUAAUGAUCAACAGUCUGCAAUUAUGAUUACUAAAGAAUGGAUUCAAGAAUUUGAAAAAUAUUGGGAAGAUAAUAAAAAUGAUCCAUUUGCAGCCAGAGAUCAAAUUAUUGCAUCAAUUAGUCCUCAGACUUAUGGGUUGUAUACAGCUAAAUUAGCUGUAGCCUUAGGUUUAGCUGGUGGUGUACAAAGACAAGCAUCACAAGGUGGAGGAAUAAAAAUUCGAGGUGAAACACAUUUAUUAUUAAUUGGUGAUCCGGGUACUGGAAAAUCACAGCUAUUGAAAUUUGCUUGGAAAGUAUGCCCUAGAUCAAUAUUCACCACUGGAGUUGGAUCUUCUAGAGCAGGACUUACUGUUGCUGCAUUCAGGGAAGGAUCUGAAUGGCAUUUGGAAGCUGGUGCUUUAGUGCUGGCUGAUGGUGGAAUUUGUUGUGUUGAUGAAUUUGGUUCAUUAAAGGAAGAUGAUCGUACAGCUAUUCAUGAAGCUAUGGAGCAACAAUCUAUUAGUGUUGCUAAAGCUGGAUUAGUAUGUAAGCUAGACACUCGCUGUACUGUUAUGGCAGCUAUGAAUCCAAAAAGUAAAUAUAAUUUGAAUUUAUCUAUCACAGAUAACAUAAAAGUCGCCAGUCCAUUAUUAAGUCGGUUUGAUUUGAUUUUAAUUCUUAUUGACACAAAAAAUGAAGAUUGGGAAAAAGUUGUAUCUUCAUAUGUGCUUCAAGGAAAAAAGCCUGGAGCUAAUAAAAGUAGUUCAACUUUAUGGAAUUUAGAAAAACUUCAGCACUAUUUUUGCACUAUAAGAAAUAUGACUCCUGAGACUACAGAAGAUGCAAACAUAAUACUAAGUAAAUAUUAUUGGAUGCAACGGCAAAGUACAUACAGAAAUGCUGCUAGAACUACUGUGCGGUUUUUGGAGAGCCUUUUGAGAUUAUCUCAAGCACAUGCAAAACUUAUGUUUCGUAAUCAUGUUCUUGUUCAAGAUGCCAUAGUUGCUAUAUCAUUAAUGGAGUGUUCAAAUGAUGAUGGAUCUCCUGAUAGUAUUAACACCUUGUAUACUAAAUUUCCAAUAUGUCCUAAAGAAUCAUAUAUCAUAGAAAUGAAAAAAAUAUUGAAAAAGUUAGAUUUAGAAGAUAUUCUAGAGAAAGAAAUUAAUUUGUGGAGCCAAAAAUCUAAAAUAAAUUCAACCAACACAAUUAUAGAUGACUUGAAGAUGUCAGAUGUGCAAUCCAAAAAUUUAAACAAUAUUUUAACUAGCAAAAUAUCUGAAACAAUACAAAACAUUAAAAUUAAAAAACAAAAAGACUUCUAUACAUCUCAAAUUCACAGGAGAGAAAUAAAAAAACCUAAGACAGCUUCAUCUAAAAAUGAGAAAGAAUUUCCUGAGUUGUUUCAACAAGAUGGUAUUGAUGUCAUACUCAAUGAAGAAGAUAUUUUUGUCAAUAAAUCUGUAGAAAAAAGUAAUAUUUCUGUAUCUUUAUCUACUUCAUCAUCAAUGUCUUUAACAUCACCAAUACUAUCAUUAAGCAACUCUAGUGAUUCUUGUAUCAAUGAAAGAAAUAGUGUUAUACACCCACCGUUACUUACACCGUCAGAUACAAGGAAAUUGGCUAGAAUGAAGUUAAGUGCUUUUAGGUGCAAUAAAAGUAAUUCAAAUUCAAACAGUGAUAGAAUUGAACCAGAUAUCUCAGCAUCACCAACUCCCCAAAGUAAAUUAAAUUUACCAAAUAUAUUCUCUACCGGAGAUGAAGAUGAUCUGUCAUACUUAGAUAUAGAUUGAACAUAGUCUGUAAAUAUGUACAUAAGAUAAUAAUACAAUAGCAAAAUUGAAUAACUAUUUGCUUAUA